GGCGACGUGAUCGAAAGCAAACUGAUCUACACCAUAAAACCGAUUACCAACUCUUCCCCUUUCCCUGUUCCUUCUAUGGUGCAGUGAUUACUCUUCCAAUAACCCGCCUACUUUGUGUGUCAGUUCUUCGGAAGCCUCGAGAGAAAUUGGGCUACCCACCAACUGUGAGUAAGCUGGUGAACAAUGUUUAUGGUGAGGCAAGCUCCUCCUCUUCCUCUUCCUGGCGGAGCUUUAUCUAUAGAGAGAUGUGCCCUUAACUCUGCCCUUCAAUUCAUCCACCAAAACCCACAACCCCUAUUGUCCAACCGCAGACCUCCCAAAUUCCAAUCCACAAACACCUCUCGCACGACAAAGAGGCGUUGCCCCAAGCCUCUCACCGUCGCUAAUGCCAAAGCCAGUGGUGGUCCUACUGCUCCUACCAGAUAUAACCCCAUAACUUCUAAUAACGCCGAUGAUGCGGUAUCUGUUGUUGGUGAAGAGAGCGUCCCUCUCGAAGGUGUUAUUCAGUUCGAAAAACCCAAUUCCUCUAACCUUCUCAACAAAUGGGGUCGUGUGGCUUUACUUGCUGGUGGGGAUGUACUGGCUUUGCUUUUGUUCUCUGCUUUCGGAAGGUUCAGUCAUGGGUUCUCUGUUUUUGAUACCGAAACCUUACGCACCGCUGACCCUUUUAUUGCUGGAUGGUUUCUGAGUGCUUACUUCCUCGGUGGUUACGGGGAGGAUGGCCGAGGAAUGAAUGGUCAGUCCAGUGCUGUUAUUGCUGCUGCCAAAUCAUGGUCUUUGGGUAUUCCUUUGGGUAUAUUCAUCAGGGCCACAACAUUGGGCCAUAUUCCACCAACCAACUUUAUCCUAGUUACCAUGGGAAGCACUGCUAUAUUACUCAUCGGAUGGAGAGCACUGUUGUUUAGCAUUUUCCCUAAUGAUAAGAGCAAGAAGGAUGAUAUGUACAAGCAUGGCAGCCCAUUUGAACUGUUUGAGUUGCUCACGUCAUUGGUACGAAGAUGGUGAUGAUGAUUGCCUCUAUGAUGUGUUUGUAUAAUGAUGUUCUCCUUUGUUAAUUUUCCAAUGUACCUCUUUGGAUAUCCUCAUAUGUAUCAGCAACAGAAGUAAAAGCAGAAGUGGCAGGUGAAAAUUGUAAGAGGUAGUUAUUUUUCCAAUUUAUAAGAUUUGAAGUUACUAAACCUGAGUGCUAGAUUAGCUGAUUUUGUACAAAAUUAUGUUUCCUCUGUCCUCUAUUCUAAAGGAUAUUAACUAAAUUCUAAUCUGAAGAGACAUAGUUCUACAC